GACAUAAAGUGAACUCGUUUGUUGGCCUGAUGGGGAAAAGGAGUCAGAAGGAGCCAGGAUCCAACGAGUGGAGCACAAUCCAGACGUACGAGCAGCGGCGCUGAGCCGCCGCCCAACAACGACCACACGCUUUCUGUUUCCUUCGACAUCUGUAGACUUUAGUUCAAUAAAAAGGAUUGUUUCCAUGUU